AUGUCCACCAUACACCUGCCGGCACAGACCCAAGGAGAGCUUUCGGAGGAUGGACUCAGGCAGCUUGCAGCCAUUUUGGAAUCUGGCAGCGACCCAGAAUCGGAGGAAGAUGAAGAAGACGAGGAAGCAGCUCUUCUUCAAGAAAGGGACGAGGCCAAGGAAAAGUUAGCUGAAUUUGAGCAUGCUUCUCAAGCGUUGCUGGCAGAACUGUCCACACUGGAAGCUGAAUAUGAGAUUGAGAAGUCAUGUCGAGAGCAGGCAGAAGCCUUUGCAAUGCAGGUGAACCUGGAGAACAAGAAGCUGAAGCGGAUCAGCGGGGCCUUGCUGCCUCUGCUCAGCCAACUCCCAGAGGACCUUGUGGACCUGGGCAACAGGGAGGAGAUCAACACCGAGCCAGCCAUGGAUCCUGUGUGCCAGUAUCUGCAGCAAAUCAAAGACCUUCAAGCAAAGGUUUCCCGGCUGCUGGGUGAGAAGAAGGAACUGGCCGUGCAAGUGAAGGAGCUCCAGGAUCAUGUCCAACAACUCCAGGGACAGCUAGAGGAGGAAAAAUCCCAGAAGCAGACGCUGCAAGCUUCAGUGGAGCACAGCCAGAGGGCUUUGAAGAGGGUCAAGCAAGUGUUCUGCCUGGUCACCGAGGAGUAUGGAAAGGUGUCACAACAACUGGAUCUGGAAGAGGAACUGAGAGAGCAAGCGGAGAUCUUUGCCCACCAGAUGCUGCUGAAGCAGAAGGAGGCCAACCGGCAGAGUAUGAUCCUGAUGCAAAACGUUGGGCCGGACGUCCAGCUUCUCCGAGCCCUGGAUGAGGUGGCUAAGAUGACCCGGGCCCUGGAAGAAGCCAAGCAGGAGCACCAGGCCACGGUGAAGGAUCUGGAGGCCCAGUUACGGGAACGGCCACAACCGGAAGAACUGCACACGCUCCAGACUGCCCUGGCCAUGGCGGAAGAAGAGAAAGAACACCUGGGAAAGCAACUGCUCCAAAUGGAGGAAAGAAACGCAGCGCUGGAAGAGAGAGUGAAAGCCCUGGAAGAGAAGCCAAAGGUGACUGCAGGCCCUCCACCUCCUGGAGAAUGCCUCUCGGCUCCCCCACCACCACCGCCCCCUCCUCCUCCUCCUCCUCCUCCAACCUGCUCUAUGCCUCCAGACCCCCUGAUGGCCAUCCGACAGCGGAAGGGAGCGCGGCAAGUGAAAUGCGGUGACACCAGAACUGACGAUACGAAAGCCAAAGCGGUGGAAGAAAUGAUAGCCCGGAUCAAAAGCGGGGUGGUGCUGCGUCCAGCAAGGCGGGGUGAUGGGACCUUCUCUAAACUGCCGUCCGCCGUGGUGAGUAAGCGCAGAAGUGCCACGAUGGAGCUUCAGGGCCUCCUGAGCACUAUGAAGAGGCCUGUCAGGAAAUCAGUCCGGCGCAAAGGCAGCCAGAAGAAGCUCGCAGACAAUCAGCUGGAGUCGAUAUUGCAGAGACGUCGGCGGAUGGUCGACUGCCCAGCUGGGACUCGACCCUUGCAAAAGCAACCCGCCACAGCGACAGCAAAGAACCCGCCCAUUGAAGCUGGAGCGGCCGAAGCGACUCGGACAGGCCUGCAGCUGAGGCCCCGCUACGUUCGCAGGAGAAGGACUGGACUGCAGUUUGUUCCAAGAAGAGAGCAGCGUUUCUUCAGGCUAGCAGGAGGAUCGCUCCCACACCAGGGGCCUACACUGAUGUAGAGGGGAGCAGCCUGAGAGUUCUCCCAUCUCCAAGAGCCACUUGGGAAGGCACAGGGGUGAAGACAAGCACAAUAUUAAAACAGAGCUCAGACCCAAUUCUUCCCCUCUCCAAACCUGAAUUCCCCGUGGCUUCACAAGGUGUGCAUGCCAGCGAAUCGGAGGCUGGCUCCCACUCAUUUUACUAGGGCUGGCACAAGAGAACUUGCUCCUGGAUCAUGCCCCUGGGUGUGGGGUGAUCAGCUCCUUUCUUGACAGGCACAUCCACAUGAUUUUUUGUAUCAUGUGGAACUGCCUUUUGUGAUGCAAAAAGUCUGUGACUAUCAGUUAAGGGGGGGGGCACACUUGGGUGUCCUGGCUGUGCAAGGGCAGGGUGUCAGGAAAAACAGAUGCACAACAGAUUUAUUUGAGGGCUGUUGUGAAACCCCCAUUAGUGUGGUUACAGAAACUGUGUCAAUUACAUGAAAUCCCAGUUCUGAUAUUGCGCUAGACUGUUAACCAGGAAGCAUUUAAAUGUGAUGUCCUGAUGUGGUUGAUAUUUAAUAGAAUCAUAGAUUAGUAGAGUUGGAAGGGGCCUAUAAGGCCAUCGUGUCCAAACCCCUGCUCGAUGCAGGAAUCCACCCUAAAGCAUCCCUGACAGAGGGUUGUCCAGCUACCUCUUGAAUGCCUCCAGUGUUGGAGAGCCCACCA